CUGCCCUGGCAUUACAGCCGGCUUGUAGUGAAGGCAGGAAGAGGCGCAGAUAAUGACAUGUGGUCACUUCUCCUCCCGCCUGGGGGUGAAUCACUAGCUGACAGGACUGUGUGACUGCGAACAGCAGAGAGGUCAUUACAUGGCACCAGUGCCCUCCUGACAAUGCAGUGAGAGGAAGGAAGAGCGGGCUCCCUGCCAGCACAGGGAAGAGGCAGCUGCUGUGCGGAACUCCUCUCACACUUGUGUCCGGAGCCGUCCGGGCACUACCUCUGCCUCAGCACCCCUGGCGAAGGCCCCGAACUACUACUCCCUGUGGAGAGAAGACAUGACACAGGACAGAAGCGAAGGGCACCGUCAGCCUGAGGAGACGGACCCCUUCCUGAACGUGAAACCGAUUUCAUAGACUUCUUACCCCCGCGGAGGAGCCUCCAGCCACGCAGCCCGGCACUGCAAGCGUUAACCCGGGGGCUGUCACCGCCGGCUUCCCUCGAGCAGUGUGCGGCGCGACGGCCUCUGUGUGCUGCUCUGCAGGGCAGGAUGCCAGUGCGGGACCGAUGCUAUAACGCGGAGGUGCUGCUGCCGACCUACAUGGGUAGUCUGCCGACCUACCGCUCCGGGAGUCUGAGCUGCGAGCUGCCGGAAAUCAUAGAGAUGGUGAAGCUGCUGUGGAAGUCCAAGACCGGCGUCCACAGUGUCAAGCAGAGGGGUCUCCUGGCCAAUGAGGAUGCCCUGGGGGCACUGCCAGGAGAGGCUCGAGUGAGAGGUCCAGCAGGGGUUCUCUCUGAACGCCGUGGCUCAUACCCUUUUAUUGAUUACCGUCUCCUGAACAAUACAGCACACUCAGGAGAAAUUGGCACAAAGAAAAAAGUAAAGAGACUCUUGAGCUUUCAGAGAUAUUUUCAUGCAUCAAGGCUUCUGCGUGGAAUUGUGCCACAAGCUUCACUGCACUUAUUGGAUGAAGACUAUCUUGGCCAGGCACGGCAUAUGUUAUCUAAAGUGGGGAUGUGGAAUUUUGACAUUUUCCUCUUUGACCGCCUGACAAAUGGUAACAGUCUUGUAACACUCCUGUGUCAUCUCUUCAACGUACAUGGGCUUAUCCAUCAUUUUCAGCUCGACAUGGUGAAAUUGCACAGGUUUCUAGUCAUGGUUCAGGAAGACUACCAUAGUCAAAACCCAUAUCACAAUGCUGCCCAUGCUGCAGAUGUCACACAAGCUAUGCACUGCUAUCUAAAAGAGCCAAAGCUUGCCAGCUACCUAACUCCUCUGGACAUAAUGCUCGGGCUGCUGGCAGCAGCUGCACACGAUGUGGAUCACCCAGGAGUAAACCAGCCAUUUUUGAUAAAAACUAAACACCAUCUUGCCAGCCUGUACCAGAACACAUCUGUUUUAGAGAACCAUCACUGGAGGUCCACUGUCGGCAUGCUGAGAGAAUCAAGCCUAUUUGCACAUUUGUCAAAGGAAAUCACGCUUGAUAUUGAACAGCAGUUGGGUUCUCUAAUAUUAUCGACAGACAUCAAUCGUCAGAAUGAGUUUCUAGGCCGAUUUAAAGAUCACCUUGACAACAAAGAUCUCAUCUUGACAGAUUCAGACCACCGGCAUUUUAUGUUGCAGAUUGCCCUGAAGUGUGCUGACAUCUGCAAUCCAUGCCGUGUGUGGGAGCUGAGCAAGCAGUGGAGUGAGAGAGUCUGUGAAGAAUUCUACAGACAAGGAGACCUUGAACGGAAGUUUGGCCUAGAAAUAAGCCCACUUUGCAAUCAACAAAAAGACUCAAUACCCAGUAUACAAGUUGGCUUCAUGACCUACAUUGCAGAGCCACUGUUUGUGGAGUGGGCAAGAUUCACUGGAGACACUCCUCUAUCUGUAAAUAUGAUAAAUCACCUCAGGAAGAACAGGUCCAAGUGGAGGGCCCUUUUACAUAAGCAGCGCAGCAAGAGCAAUGAUCGAUUGGGGCCAGUUACUGAAGGAAAAGAUGACCAAAAGAUCGGUGAAGGUGGAGGUCCCUAGAGACCAGAUCUUUUUAUGUCAUUGCUGCCUUUUCCUUAGCUGCUUUCAAUGAAGAGGGAUUCAUAUCAACCUCAGGUGGGCUGUUGUUGCUUUUCACAACAGGUCUAAGAGAGGUCAGAAGGAAGCGGCGUAUAGUUAUCCGGGUAACAGUGGUUGCCUACUGCCCUGUCUGGUAUCAUGUUCUAUCAGCCCUUUUUCAGCAUUUCUCACUUACUUCAGAGUGGGCAAGACCAGCACCCUAAUUUCUAAUGAUCAAACUGAUUAGACAGGAGGACACCGGGAUAGGUGGAUUCUCCUGAAUGAACCUUCCAACUGGAGGAUGCCAUAUGCAGACUAAUGUAGCAGCAUAUAGCGCUUUUUACAAGCUAUCCCCAACCUCUUGAGUGACAUCCAGCCAUGUUCACUAAAGCAAAUACGAAAUAACGAACAAAACCACAGCCUAAAGGGGAAAAAAAAACACCAGCAUCAACUGGACUCAGAAGAGAUCUAUCUGACAAGACAACUUUAUAUUCUCAUGUAAAGUAUCACAAGCGAGAUAUUGUCUUUAUUUUUACUUUUUAUAUUAUGUAGAUCAGAAGAAAAGAUUUGAAUGAAGCACUAGCCACACUACCCUACAAAUGUACAGACACUUUUGAAUGUUUUCACACCACUUUCGAUUUAACAAGCGACUCUCGCUGAAAGGAGAGAUUGAAUAAACUGUUAGCUGGACUUGUUUGGCUUUUUACACCUCAUUUUCAUCACAAAGAGUUUAUAAAUGUCAUUACAGCAGAUGUAUUUAGCAUCCGCUCUAUUUUCUGUAUCUGCUCUAUUUUCUGUAUAUACGGAGCUACUGAUCCCCAUGCCAAAAUACUGAUGAGUUGUGAAACUGCUACCUGUACAGAUAUUGGCACUGUGAACAGAAAACUGUUACAUUGAAGAAAAAAUAUAUAUUAUAUCAUGUGUAAAUAUGGUAUGUAGAGGAUUAUUUCUAAUAGAGCACUCAUUUACAGAUAAAGGCCUUAAAUUUGAA